GACAAAGGAAUUGGCACAGAAGCAAGCUCAGCAUCAGGACCCGGCCUCCCUGUCUCUCCUGUCCAUCAGUGAUCUGAUCCCAGACCUGCAGGUCGUAUUCUUCUGGAUGUCCAACAGUAUAGAGAUCCUCUACUUCAUCCAACAGAAGGCCCCAGCAUACACACAGGGCAUAGAGACACUUGACUCUAAAGGUUCCAAGGAGUCGUUGCUAUCGGCGACCAUCUCAGCCAAUGAGGAGGCUAUGACCAUCCUGGAGGAAGUGAUCAUGUACACCUUCCAGCAAUGUGUCUACUACAUCACCAAGUCCCUGUACGUAGUACUUCCUGGUCUGCUGGACUGUAACCCGUUCCCAGUGGACAGCUCUGAACCCUGCUGGAGAGGAGGUACAGGGUUUCCUGAGCCCGUUCGCAGGGGUCCUGCAGUCGAGGAGCUCCUCCAGGGGUACCAGGUCCACCCAGAGGUCCAGGCCCAGAUGUUCUCCUACCUCUUCUUCUUCUCCAACGUAUCUCUCUUCAACCAGCUCAUGGACAAGG